AAUACACAGGUGAAGGAGGCACAUUUCAGAGAAAUCACAGCCCAGCAAGAAACACACUAAACAACUUCUAGAAGAUCCCCGCUAAACCCGCUCCAAUCAUCAUGCAGCUCCCCGAGAAGAACUCGCUGUUCUCCGCCAUGAACCGCUUCAUCGGCGCGGUCAACAACAUGGACCAGACGGUGAUGGUGCCCAGCCUCCUGCGAGACGUUCCGCUCCAGCAGCGCGACGCGGAGCACGGCAGCUACCUGCGGGAGGCGGAGGCGGACAUGUACAGCUACUACUCCCACCUCAAGUCCAUCCGCAACGACAUCGAGUGGGGCGUCCUGCGCAAAGAGCGAGCGGAGAAACCCGCGGCGAAGCCGGAGAACUCGGAGACCGAGUCCGAGGAGGAGGAGGGGGGCAUGGACCUGGAGCAGCUGCUGCAGUUCCACCUGAAGGGUCUGCACGGGGUUCUGUCCGAACUCACCAGCCGAGCCAACAACCUCACCAACCGGUACAAGCAGGAGAUCGGCAUCGCGGGCUGGGGACAGUGAAAUUAACCACUGAUGCUCCAUUAACCCGUGUAAACGUAUACCAUUCAACGAGCUCGAGAGUUUACCCACGCGUGGAGAAAAAGAAGAAGAAGAUCUUCACUGAUUUCUGUCUACAAGAGACUGAAACUAAAAACUAAACUCCUAAAUCCAGAGGCUGUUCUGGCUGCUGAAAGUGUUUCUGCUGGCAUUGAUUCUGGACUAAACCUGAAGUUGAUAUGCUGUCACUUUUUGUCAUAUUUAUCGCACAUUAAGAUUCCGUUCUUACCUCUGUUGGUUUAGAUCACUCCCACAUCCCAUAUCACAUAUGAUGUACAGAGAUAUAUAUGCAGAUAUAUAUGCAGAUAUCUACAUGUACUAAUGUGUAUGAGAGGUACUGGAGCUACUGUUCUUUAAGGGGUUCUCUCUGGUGGACUGGUAGAGUAGAGUGGGCUGAAGACUAAAGAUUAAUGAAGCUCUGGUCUAUUGAAGCUACUGAAGCACUCUCUGAUCUGAUCUACCAUUUCAAAUGUGUACUGAAACAAGAAGAAAAAAAAGAAAAAUGUCUGUCUUUUGUUUAAUAUUUUAUUGCUUGUUUACAGUCUUCGUUGUUUAGGCUGGAAUGUAUUCCCUGCUGUUAAACUGACCUGAAACUACAAGUGAAUUAUUGAAGUGGAAUUUUCUGAGUUCACACCCUGUGAAAUGUAUGAAGAAAUUCUCGAGAUUCCUUUGUUGCAAUAUGUUGUCUACUGUUGUUGUUAUUAUGUCUGUCCAAAACAUUUGCACACUAUUUUUAUAUAUGAGAUAAUUUUGUACUCAAAUAAAAAGUUUAUAAGCAAAA